AUGGGUUGUACCAAUUCUAUGUUGUUGGGGAGGCCAACACUCGCGCUGCCAAUCACCAGAUUGUGCGCAAAUGGCGCACAAUGGACUGAUUUGGAGAAAUAUCGUGACCGCAUGUUGAAAGAAGUGAGAGAUUAUGAGACUGCUAAAGCUGCCUUUGUUGAGAAAAAGGCGAAACUUGAAUCUGAUAGGAAAUCAGAAGAGUGGGGUCGCGAAGGCCUUGCGGCUGAGGAGCUAUUGUCCAAGGAGCGUGGUGAGUUCAAGAGAAUAUGUGAAAAGGACAACCAGCGCGCGUACGCGGCUCUCAAAAAGAUUACGGAGCUUGAGGGUAAGGUUGUGGAAUUGACCGGGAAGGUUGAAGAUGCGCAGGCAACAAAGGAGAAUGCUGAGGUUGAGCUGGCUGAGGUGAAGUUGCAGUUGUCAAGAAAAAACAAGGAUCUGGUCGCCAAGGACGUCGAGAUUGUCGAGCUAAAACGUCGCCUACAAGAGCAGGUUGACAAAAGUGAGUCCUUGGAGAUCGAUCUUGAGGCUGAAAGAUCGAAAGCUGCUUCUGCUGAGGAAGCCAGGAAAAAGACCGAGGAGGUGGCCAACUCGAUUUUGAAUGCUGGGGAAUUGGACAGGACUGUUGCUGCUCUCAUAGAUGCCUCGCGCGUGGUUGGACACCGUGGAGGUUAUCUGGAAUCUGCGCAGCAUGCAGAGGAGAUUUUCGGGCAGGAGUUUGACACAAGUCACUGUUCCGUGGCUGAUGAAGCUAAUGCGGAGUUUACUCAUGCUGAAAAUGCAUACGAUCACCUAGCGCUGCCUGUGAUGGACUUGAUCACGAAAGCUUUAGAGCAUGAUGACUGGUGUUCUCGUCUUAAGGCUAUUCUGGACCCACCAGAGAUGGUUGAGUUAUCUGAUGAGGAGGAGCUGGCGGGCGAUGGUGGUGAUGAUGAUGGUGCUGGUGACCAAAAUGACGAUGACAAAGACGAUGGCGAUGGUGAUGGUCACGAAUGA